CCGGAGUACCCCUUUAAGGCCCCUUACACUUCCCAUGAAGCCUUGGUGUGUGUCAGGUGAUUAUAAUAUAGGCCUCAGGGCUUGAUGGUCGUAUUGAUUGCAGAGUGAUGAAACUGCAUUAGAAUGGAAUGUCCUGACCUUGUAGACGAGCUGACCUGCUCCAUCUGCCUGAGCGUCUAUACAGAACCCGUAUCCCUGAGAUGUGGACACAACUUCUGCCGCUCGUGUAUUGUUCAGGUGCUGGAUACAGGGGACGGGUCUGGAGGUUACUCCUGUCCUGACUGCAGAGCAGAAUAUCCGGAGCGUCCGGCCCUGGAGAAGAACAGGAAGCUGGGUAAUAUAGCUAAACAUUUCACAUCUACCGAUCCCGAGCAAGAUGAAGUCAAGAUCUUCUGCGCUUAUUGCAUGUUUAGUGUUCCAGCUGCUAAAACCUGUCUGCAAUGCGAAACUUCUUUCUGUACCAAACAUUUGAGGAACCACAACCAGCUGGUGGACCAUGUGCUGAUCGAGCCACCAACCUCCAUGGAGAACCUGACCUGUCCUGAUCACAAGAAGAUGAUGAAAUACUUCUGUGCAGAGCAUGGCGUUUGCGUAUGCGUAUCAUGCUUUGCGUUUGGAGAACAUCGGGGGCAUCAGAUUGAGGAGAUUACAACAGCCUCCAAAAAGAAGGAAGAAAAAUUGAGGCGCUUCCUGGACAAGAUGACCUCCGAGAGAGCAGAGACUGAGAAGAUGGCUUGGAAGCUUAGGAACCAUGUUGAGAAAGUCCAAGUGGAAUCAAACGUUCUUACCAAGAAAAUCACUGGACAGUUUAAAGAUCUUAGGGAAGAACUGGAAUUUUUAGAGAUGCAAGUAGUGUCUGAGAUAUCCAGGCAAGCUGACCAGAUCGCAACAAAAUUUUUCGGUGUUGUUCGGCAACUGGAAGACAGAAUGGAGGAGCUGACUUGGAACAUUUCUCGAAUUCAGGACAUGGUUAACAAGAAAGAUGUCAUAUCAAUCCUACAAGAAUCAGACAAUGAGACUACGUGUGAUGUGGAUAAAAAUAGCGAAAGAGAUGAGAAGCUCGUCUUCGUCAUGGGUGAUCUGAAUGUAGGUCUGAUCUCCGAAACGCUACACAAAGGCAUGGCGGAGAUUUUCACCAGCACUAAGAAUUAUAUCUAUGGGAGUAGAGUCUUGCCAGUCAUUAUGGAUGUAAAUACCGCUCAUAACAAGAUGGAGAUCUCGGCUGACAUGAAGGCCAUAGCGGAUUCCGACGUUAAUCAUGGCCGUCCAGAACUGCCUUCAAGAUUUACCAUUUACAAUCAAGUCUUGAGCACCAAUAGCUUCACUUUUGGACAGCACUAUUGGGAAGUCGAAACCAGUGUCCAAGGAAUAUGGGACAUUGGUUUGGCCUAUCCCAGUAUCGAAAGAGAUGGGAAACAUUCUGGAAUUGGAGACAACAAAAAGUCCUGGUGUUUGCGGAAAUACACAACAAAGUACAUGUCGGCCCAUGACUCCAAGGCCCAGUCGCUGCUCUUUGAACAAUGCUCCCAGUUAAUAGGAAUUUACCUAAAUUACGAGGCCGGCCUCCUGACAUUUUAUGAACUCUGUGACCGGGAUCGACACCUAUUCCGCCAUUUAUAUACUUUUUGUGCCAACUUCCAGGAACCUUUACACGUGGCAUUCUAUGUAGACGAAGGCGCUUGGAUUAAGGUACUUCUAUAGAGUCUGUCCCCUUGUCUAGUGCCUGCAAAACUAUUAAUGUCUCUGUAUGGUUGGUUAUGUCCUUGGCUUGUGUCAUGUGUUGGUUUCACUGUUUCUUUCUCAAAAAUAAAAUUUUCUAAAAUAAUAAAGUUUUUUCCAUGGUCUAUGUCUGGUUCAGUUAAAG